GCAGGCGCUGGGGUGAGCGUCUGCCGGCGCCGCCUCUCUUCCAGCUGCGGGACUUCCUGCUGGUCUACAACCGGAUGACCGAGCUCUGCUUCCGGCACUGCGUCUCCAACCUCAACUACCGCCUGCUCACCGGGCGCGAGGAGACGUGCCUCGACAGCUGCGCCGGAAAGCUGGUCCGCUCCAACCACCGCCUGAUGAGCGCCUACGUGGCGCUGAUGCCCUCCAUCAUGCAGCGCCGUGCCUCCGACUAUGAGGCCAGCGCAGCCCGGGCAUCCCAGAACUCGGCCCAGGCGGGAUUGGCGGCACCGACUGCCCUGCCAGGGGCUGGGGGACCCGGAGCCUCUCCUGACCCGCUGGCGGCUCCAGGCCCCCGUGGACCCUUGCAAGGGGCUCCAGGCACUGGCACAUAGCACGGCCGUCAUCCUGGGUCACACCUUCUGGCAGUAGCGGUGGGCUGGAUGGCUGCAGGAUGGAUCCAGGCCCUGCGUUACCAGCAGGAGAAGUAACGUUUUGGUGCUGCAGUACGGUCUGGGCCUCUGCACGCUGCCGGUAGUCCUGGUCUGGAGCAGCAGAUCCACUCUGCACCGAGACCCGGCCUUGUGGAUCUGUGUCCUCUAGUGCAUCGGCAUUGAGAGCCUCGUGGCAGUGGCCAAGUCUGUUCUGUGCCUGGCGGUGCUGGGGCAGGGGCUGGCAGGGGGCACCAAGAAAGAAAUCGCAGUGCCUGCCCUUCCGGCCAGGAGGAGUUCCCACCCGAACUCUGCCCUAACGGCUCCGGCGCUGGGCUUUCCUGCUCCAGACCUGGGGUUCUUGUAUUUCUAGGAAACGGUUUCCUAGUGCUAAUAAAACAUCUCUU